CCGGUUUCCAUCAGUUCAUCAUGGCAUCUGGUCUACGCAACCGAAAAAAGCCUGUCGAAGAUGAUAGGCCUGUAAUUGAACCUAGGAGUCGGUCACCACCGCCAAAUGUCCAAACCAGCAAGGUCUCCUGCAUGACCACUAAGAAUAGCCAAGGCGUGUCCAAGUCCUCCAGAGGACGUGCAUGUCCAAAAAAGGAGACAUCGGAAUCCAAGCAAAGGAAAAAAGAAUCUCCUGCCUUACGUUUCUCCGCUAGAAAAAUGGAAGCUCACAGACUCUUACUACGGGGAGCGGGGAAUCUGCAGUGAUGACACCGAUCUCGACUACCUGAAAUGCACAUUCAUCUUAUACGGUCGCUAUCAUGGCUCUUUGCAGACGCCCAGGGCCGGUGAUCUCACUGUCGAAUCCGACCUUACCUAAGUAGAACUGGGACCUGCCUCUGGAAUGCUGUUCCGCACAGAAGAGACCGGGAAGAGCAUGUUAGUGCAAAACGCGCUCCUCGAACACGAACACAAUGGGAUCAGAUUCGAGGCGAUAUACAAAGAUGUGAAGGAUGCCAUCGAGAGGGAAAAAACGGACGAUCCCAAGGCACACGUUUCGGUUGGUCUAAAGUGCGCCAAUGGGAGACGAAGGAGCGUGGCGUUUGCGGAAAUGAUGGCGAAGAGGCUGAAAGAGGAAGGAGUGUGGAAGGUCGAGAUUGUACACCGGGACUUGGAGAAGGAGAGGAUACCUGAAGACCUUGGGAAAGGUCUUGAAAACUUCUUCGUAAUAUGGGAUCACUUGACGUGGAACGAUAUCCGUAAAUACUUCUCAGGGCGCGUCAGUCAGAAAAAGAUUGCACUCGUAGUGGAGAAAGUCAAAUGGGAACUUGAUCCAAAGCCCGUCAAGAUCAAAAUAAUCUCGUACGGCUGGCGACAUGGUCCUUCAAAAGAAAAACAUUAUGCCGGCCUCUUAGACAUGUCAAACGUCUAUAUGAAUGGCAAAGAGUUAUCUCGCACGACCGAGUCCGGCUUGAGUGAGUACGUUCAACGCGGAAUCCUGGAAGAGAGUUUGCAUAAUCGAAUCCGGUACGAGCAAAUUUACGAUAUCACUGGCUUUGCAGUCAAAAAUUACAUCAAAGAUGCACAUGGAAGGUGGCAUGGCGAAACCUUAAAGAUCGGUUACAAAGACGAUAAUGGAAGGCAUCAGAGCGUGGCGUUUGCGGAGAUGGUUGGGAAAAAAGUGACAGAAAAGGGACUCUGUGAGGUGGAGGUAGUACACCGGGAUGUUGAGAAACCGAUCAUACGGUGGAAUCGUGACAUAAUACUGAAGGAAACCAGAGAGGAAAUGCAGAGUUUCCUUGCAGCAUACGAUAACUUGACGGCGGAAGACCUACCCUACUUCUUCGGAGAUCGCAUCAGUGAGGACGACAUGGCGAUUAUAUUCGAUGGCGCAAGUGACGACGGAUGGUUGUGGCGAAGACGCGAGCAUGGGUGACAUGUGGGAGCGACGAAGAUUUUCUUUUGGAUUUCUGCCCGUGUGCGGGAGUACGCUUCACGAAUGGAAGGGAGUCAGGAUGCUUAGAAUAACUGCCUUGGCGAUCUUGGAUAACCGCAGCACGAAAGCCACCAAUGUUAUCAUCAGUAGGUUCUUUUUUUUUCGGGAUCUUCUUCAUCCCCGGAGCGAAUAUGCACACGGAUUUCACGUUCUAGGACACCUACAUGAGGCGUCAUGCUCUCGUUCUAACUACCCAGACACCUCCCUAGCUGACCUUA